AUGGAUACGCAACAGAGUAACAAGGCACACAGGGCCGGGAACUCCAAAAAAAACACAGCAAAGAAGAAGCUUCACUCCCAGGGUAAAAAUGCAAAAGCUUUUGCAUUUGCCAAACCCGGAAAACUUCAAAGACAAGCGACAAGAAGUAGUGAUUUAGGCGAGAAACGGUUCCAUGUCCCCAUGGUGGACCGUACCCCUGAAGAUGAUCCUCCGCCAGUCAUUGUCGCUGUGGUUGGCCCCCCAGGCACAGGUAAGACCACCUUGAUUCGUUCGUUGAUUCGCCGAUUAUCCAAAACCACAAUUACCGAUAUCAAAGGUCCAAUCACCAUUGUCUCCGGUAAAAGGAGAAGAUUGACAUUUAUAGAGUGUUCCAAUGAUUUGAAUUCCAUGAUUGACAUUGCGAAAAUUGCAGAUUUGGUUUUGUUAUGUAUGGAUGGUAAUUUUGGAUUCGAAAUGGAAACAAUGGAAUUUUUGAAUAUUGCGCAACAUCAUGGUAUGCCAAGGGUUUUAGGUGUCACCACCCAUUUGGACCUAUUCAAAAAGCCAGCAACCAUGAGAGCGGCAAAAAAGAGACUCAAGCAGAGAUUCUGGACCGAGGUUUAUCAAGGUGCCAAAUUGUUCUACCUUUCAGGUGUUAUAAACGGUAGAUAUCCAGAUCGUGAAAUUUUAAACUUAUCCAGAUUUAUUUCAGUCAUGAAAUUCAGACCUUUGAAAUGGAGAAAUGAACAUCCUUAUUUGAUGGCCGAUAGAGUGGUCGAUUUAACUCAUCCUUCCAAAAUUGAGCAUGAUCCAAAGUGUGAUAGAAAAAUUGCCCUUUAUGGGUAUUUACAUGGAACUCCAUUGUCAGACAACGCUAGGGUUCACAUUGCAGGUGUUGGUGAUUACACUGUUUCUAAUGUUGAAAAAUUACCAGACCCUUGUCCAACGCCAUAUUUUGAACAGAAGCUUGAGGAAUAUGAAAGAGAACAACGGAAAUUGGCAGAAGCGAAUGGCCAGCCAGCACCUCCUAAAACCGGUAGACGCAGAAAAAGAUUAGAAGAUAAACAAAGGAUCAUUUAUGCUCCAAUGUCUGAUGUUCAUGGUGUUUUAAUUGAUAAGGAUGCUGUGUAUAUAGAUGUAGGUCAAAAAUCUUUCAAGUCAGAGGAAGACAUGAGCGGUGUUGGUGAGAAAUUAGUCGCAGACUUACAGCAUGCUGCCGAUAUCGUUGACUCAAGGAAAAAAUCAAAUAUCAAGCUAUUCAGUAAUGGUCCAGAGAUGAACAUUUUGAAUGGGAAUGAUGGUGAAGAGGAAGAAGAAGAAGAAGAAGAAGGAGAAGAACUUGAAGAUCCGGAAGAACUAAAAGGUGAAAUGGGUAGAAAAUCUAUGAGAACGGCUAGAGUUUACAAGAAUUCAAUCGAAGAACUAAACGAUUCCAACAAUAAUGGUGAUGAAUCUGAUGAUGAUGUAAUGGAGUUUGACGAAGAAGCAGAUGACAGGGCGAGAGAAUUGAAAAUUAAACAGCUCAGAAAGAGAACUGAUAACCACUCCACCCAAGAAAAGCUUGAGUUCCAGACCGAUUCCGAACUGGAUGAAGAUGAAGAUGAAAUGUCCGAAUGGCAAACCAUCGGUGGUAAGCUUAACCAUCUUCAAAUUAAAAGAACUUGGGAUAUCAACAAACUGAUUUACAUGAACAAUAUUGAGCCGAAAGAUGCAGUUGCUAGGUGGAAGAAUCAAGGUGAAGAUUUGGAUGAGGAAAACAUUUUGGAUUCAAAUUCGAACUCUGAUGACGAAGAUGAUGAUUUCUUCAAGAAGAAAGAGGAAAACAUUAUUGAGAAGUCAAACGGGAUUGGACUAUCAUUAGACGAACUGAAGGAAAAGUGGGUUCCGGGAAGUAAUGCCCUUAACACUUUAAAGAAGAGAUUUUUCUUGUCUGCCAAACAAAGAGUUGAAUUAGCCAAGCAAGUAGGAGAAGAAGCAAAUGAUGAUGAAGUUUUUGGUGAUUUUGAAGAUCUAGAAGAAGAUGGCGCAGAAAGCAUGAGGGAUAGAGAUGAAGAUGAAGAUGGGGAUGGAUCUUCCGCGGAAGAAGAAGCGGAAGAGAAAGAUGACUUCACUAACUUUGAAGAGGAAGAAAUGAAAGAUGAAAUGGGUAUUGGAACUGAAGUUUAUGACGGUUCUGAUGAGGAGGAUGACGUUGAUGAAGAAGAAGACGAGGGGAACCUGACCAUCGAAAAGCAAAGAGAACUAAAUGCAAAGAAAAAGGAAAAGUUGAAGCAGCAAUUUGAAGAGGAGGAAGAGUUUAAAGGCGAUGAUGAUCCAUUUAAUGAACAUGAUAAUUGGUAUGAGUUCCAAAAGGCUAAAAUGGCAAAACAAUUAGAAAUCAACAAGGCUGAAUUAAGCAAACUAGAUCCGGAAGCACGUACUAAGAUUGAAGGUUAUGCUGCUGGUUCCUACGUUAAGUUAACUUUUGAUGCAUUGCCUAUGGAAUUCAUUGAGAAUUUUGACCCUACUUUUCCUGUUAUUAUUGGUGGAUUAUUGAGCACCGAAGAGAGGUUUGGUUAUAUGAAUGCCAGGAUCAGAAGACAUAGAUGGCACAAAAAGAUCUUGAAAACCAAUGACCCAUUAAUCCUAUCACUAGGUUGGAGAAGAUUCCAAACAAUGCCAGUCUAUACCACUUCAGAUUCCAGAACAAGAAACAGGAUGUUGAAGUACACCCCUGAACAUGCCUAUUGUUUCACCACAUUCUAUGGCCCACUUGUUGCACCAAAUACUACCUUCUGUGGUAUUCAAGUUGUUGAUAAAGAUCAUACCACAGGCUCUUUUAGAAUCGCAGCAACUGGUAUCGUUGAAGAUUUGAAUGCUGACACUACCAUUGUAAAAAAAUUAAAACUGGUUGGUUAUCCACAAAAGAUUUUCCGUAAUACAGCGUUUAUUAAGGAUAUGUUCACAUCCGCUAUGGAAGUUGCUAAAUUUGAAGGUGCAUCUAUUAAAACAGUAUCCGGUAUUAGAGGUGAGAUUAAAAGGGCGUUAUCUAGUCCUGAAGGUCAUUUUAGGGCAACUUUUGAAGACAGAAUCUUAAUGAGUGAUAUAGUCAUUCUGAGAACUUGGUAUCCUGUCAAACCAAAGAAAUUCUAUAACCCAGUCACCUCGUUAUUAUUGAAGGAGAAAGACAAUUGGAAGGGGAUGAGAUUAACCGGUGAAGUUCGGGCUGCUAACAACGUUGAAACUCCACGUCAAGAGGAUUCCAAUUACAAAAAGAUCGAAAGACAAGAGAGAAAGUUCAAUAGUUUAAAGAUUUCAACUUCGAUUAAGAAGAAUUUGCCAUUCAAGUCCCAAAUUGCCGAGACUAAGAAGCAGAAGAAGAAGACUUAUGUUCAAAAGAGAGCUGUUGUUAUGGAUGGUGAGGAGAAAGUAAAGAGAGCAUUAAUUCAAACUAUUCAAACUAUUCGUAACGACAAGGAAAGUAUGAGAAAGGCUAAGAAGAGUUCCAAGAUGGCGGAAAAGAUCAAAGCACGUGAGAAGAUUGAAGCUGCUAAAGAGGAGAAGAAAAAGGAAAGAAAGAAGGAGUAUUUCCAACAGCAUGGUCAAAAGCGUAAACUGGAGUCCAGUGAAGGAUCAUCUACGGCGUUUGGUAACAAGAGGAGAUAA